ACGGCGGUGAUAUACAAUGGCCCCGAUGUCGCACCGUUCAUUCGGUUCCGGGCGCCUCGUGUCGCGCCGAAACGUGGGCUGGCAUCUCUCUCUUAUCUCCGGUGAAUCUCGUGUUACUUGUGACGAUAACUCGAAGGGAAUAGUCAAGUGCGAAACGCGUUAAUUGAGGGGCGACGUCGCUUUCCUUCGAUACUUCUUUGAAGAGGCAGCCGGACCGCCCGAGCGAGACGAAGAUGGAAGUCACGGGGAUGAUUAACGGAGGCCCCGUGCGCCAGGAAGGCAGGAAGCUGUGGCAGUAUUUAGCAUCCAUUUCCGCCUGCUUGAUGGCGGUCGGCGUCGGUACCGCCCUGGCUUGGACGUCCCCCGUUCUGCCCCAGCUGUACAAGGAGGGCUCCUGGCUGGUUAUCACCAAGGAACAAGGGUCCUGGGUGAGCUCGCUGCUGGCUCUAGGCGCGAUAGCGGGCGCCGUCCCGUCCGCACCGAUGGCCGACAAACUCGGCCGGAAGAAAACGCUUCUUCUGCUGGCAGCUCCGUUUCUCCUGUCCUGGGUGAUCAUCAUAUUCGCCUCCAAACUGUGGCUGAUCAUGCUGGCCAGGUUCAUAGUCGGCGCCGCCGUGGGGGCGGCCUGCGUCGUCGUGCCGACUUACAUCUCCGAAAUCGCGGAGACCUCGACUCGAGGUACCCUCGGUGCCAUGUUCCAGCUGAACAUCACGAUUGGGAUCCUGCUGGCCUUCGUGCUCGGAGCCUUCAUGAACUACACGGCGUUCGCCAUAGUCUGCGCCCUCGUAGAGGUCGGCUUCCUGGCUAGUUUUAUAUGGAUGCCGGAGUCGCCUAUUUGGCUGGUGAACCAAAGACGGAAACCGGAAGCGAUGAUAGCGAUGACGGUCCUCCGAGGAGAUUCUUACGAUCCGUCCGAGGAACUCGCGGAGGCGCAACGAGAAGCCGAGGAGGUAGCCUCGAGGAACUCAUCCAUAUUCGACCUUGUACGAACCCCGGCAGCCAGAAGAGCUUUGCUCGCUUCGUUGGGCGCCAUGUUCUUUCAGCAAUUGUCCGGCAUAAACGCAGUGAUCUUCUACACCGUCACCAUCUUCCAGGCGUCCGGAAGCUCGAUACACCCGGACGUUGCGUCUAUAAUCGUGGCGGUUGUUCAGAUGAUUAUGACGAGCGUAGCAGCUCUGAUCGUGGAUCGCGCCGGAAGGAAGCCGCUGCUGAUAUUUUCCUCGAGUGUCAUGCUAGUCAGCCUCUUGGCUCUCGGUGCGUAUUUCAAUAUUCAGGCGAGCAAGAGUGAUGUCAGUAAUCUCGGCUGGCUACCGCUCACAUCUCUCACGUUAUUCAUGAUCUCCUUCUCCGUCGGAAUGGGUCCGAUACCGUGGAUGCUGAUGGGCGAAUUGUUCCCCGCGGAGACAAAGGCGAUCGCUUCUGGUAUCGCCGUGAUGCUGAACUGGUUCCUGGUGUUCCUGGUGACGAAGACCUUCCCGGCGAUGAACGAAGGGUUGGGCGCGGACAUCACUUUCUGGAUCUUCGCCGCGAUUAUGGCAGUCUCAACCGGGUUUACGUAUUUCUUAAUACCGGAGACCAAGGGGAAAACCUCCCAGCAGAUUCAGGAGGAGUUGCAGGGCAACGUUCGGUCGACGAGGACGGACGCCUAAAUUGUAUCGAUGAAUUUUCACGGUGUAGCGUGACUGCUGUUUCGAUAAUGAUACUUUUGAGAUAUAAUAAUUAAGUCGCCGCUAUUCGAGCUGAGUUGCAAGAAGGCCUUGGGGCAACGAAGUAUGAGAAGACACACGGGCGAACGACAAAGAAACUUGGCUUUUAACGGCGACACGUGAAGAAAUUAAUUGCUGAGAAAGUUGUCGAGAAAAAGUUAAAUCUCAUGAAUGAUUCAUUUCUCGUAUACUCUACAUAAAUUAUAUCAGUGAACGUAUUGUUGUUGUCCGCUGUAAAUCUUUGAUGCAGAAUUUUUAAUCACGCAAAUUUAUCAAUCGUACACGCGAUGCAUGAAAAUUUCAUUCUGUUGUUGAUUAUUAUUAUAUGCGUCAUCAUACGAAAAAAAUAAUAUCUCACAAAACUGUCUUUCGGUAACAUUUAGGACUAAGCGAUUCAUAAUCUGAAAUAUUAUUGUAUCACUUUAUUUUAGGACUUUAUUUCGUAAUUAAUAAUUAAAUGUACGAUUAGUCGCCUCUGUUGUAUUUUUACGCAUAAAGAAAUAUGUACAGUUAAUUAAGAGAUCUUUUCAUAGCACAGAAAUAGGAUUAAUUGCGACAAUAAUUAUUAUAAUAAAUAAAUUUAUAGCUUGUCAUAAAUAUUAAAAAAUAAUUUUAAAACAACAAUGAGGCUAUUAGUAUUAAUAUAUUAUAAACUCCGUGAUUUUACAAGACAUUUUACAAGUUAAUAUAUAGACGCAAAUAUAAUAUUUUAUUCAAGUUUAAUACACAUAAUGCGAUUUGUGUUUUAAUAAAUAAAUUUUUGAGUGAUAAACAAAUAUUGAUAUUUAUAAUACUUUGUAAAACAAUUUUCAUUAACUCCUUUCCGGAAAAUUGUGUCAUAAUGUACGUUAUUAUUUUCCUGUUUUAGCGCACAGCAAAUAUAGAGCACUACCACUAAGGAAUAAAAAAAAAUUUUCAGUUA